UAGAUCGGGGAGAGAGACAUGUUCGAGACUGCCAGGGCCGCGGAGCCGUUCCUACAGACGGUGUAACGGAUACCCCACACAGAUGGGCAGUCGAGCCCUAAAAGAAAGAGGGCGAAUUUGAACCGUGUGGCUACAACCUGGAGUCGUCGCGGCGCUGCUGGAUGUUCGUAUGUCGGAGUUAAUCCAUGUUUAAAAUGUGGGAGAUGGUGGCGAGCUCUCCCUUCCUGUCGUCUAGGACAAGAUGGCAGCAGUGCAGGCGAACUGUGCAUGGGAUGGAUUUAUAAGUCCAUAACAUGUUCAGAGAAGCCCUGGAUUAUACUUUAAGUGACUCUAUGUGAAGGUAUGGCCUCACAAGUCUUGGUCUACCCACCACACAUCUAUCCAACCCAGACAAGUGCCUUUAGCAGUGUGAAGAAACUCAAAGUUGAGCCCAGCAGCUGUGUGUACCAUGAGAGGGCCCACCCGCGGACUUAUCUGAACAGCAGAAGCCUUGGCAUCGUUCACCUAACAAAACAAGCCCACUCGUUUUUUAACCGAGAGUUGGAUGCGGGUGUGAAAGGGCGUGGAGGACAGCGUUACCCGGUUCAGACAGUUGUGGUACGUGGUGUACAGCGACAACAGCCCGGGAAAAGAGAAGGAGGACCAAGCUCGACCGCUGCUCAGCAGCAACAGGGCGCGGGGGACGUUCACCCACCGAGCAAGGAGCAACUAGAGCAACAGCAAAUAAAACAACAGCAACAGCAGACAGACUCGGCAAGUGGAGGCAGCAGUGGAGCUACAGGAGCAGGAGGAGGGGGAAGGGGAGAGGGCUGCUGUGGAGGGGGUGAAGAGAGCAGAGAGAAGGAAGGAGACAGCGAAAGGAACUGUGGAGGUUUGAACUCAGCUGACAGCGCUCAGCGAUGUGGGCUGAAACGUAAAAGCGAGGACUCAGAUAAUCAAGGGAGCACCAUGCAGAUUGUGGAGGAACUCUCAAUGUUGCCUGCUAUGUUGCAAACAACGAAUGUCGGGAAUGCAGCAGUGACUGCACCUGCAGCAGUAGGGGGGGGAGGGCCACCCUCCAAACAGGGUGCAGCAGGAGGUGGAGCAGGAGGUGAUGGGGACUAUCAGGUUGUACAGCAUGAAGUCCUGUGUUCCAUCAAGAAUACUUACGAAGUGCUGGAUUUCUUGGGCCGUGGCACUUUUGGCCAAGUUGUGAAGUGCUGGAAAAGGGGCACCGGUGAGGUAGUGGCUGUGAAGAUUCUAAAGAACCACCCGUCAUAUGCACGACAGGGCCAAAUCGAGGUGGGCAUCCUCGCUCGUCUGAGUGGGGAAAAUGCAGACGAGCACAACUUGGUGAGAGCGUUUGAAUGCUUUCAGCACCGCAGCCACACCUGCCUGGUGUUCGAGAUGCUGGAGCAGAACUUGUAUGAUUUUCUGAAGCAGAAUAAGUUCAGCCCACUGCCCCUGAAAGUGAUACGGCCAGUGCUGCAGCAGGUGGCCACAGCUCUGAAGAAGCUGAAGAGCAUGGGUCUGAUACAUGCAGACCUCAAGCCAGAGAACAUUAUGCUGGUGGACCCAGUGAGACAACCCUACAGGGUGAAGGUGAUCGACUUUGGCUCAGCGAGCCAUGUGUCCAAAGCAGUUUGUUCUACGUACCUCCAGUCUCGGUACUAUAGGGCUCCAGAGAUUAUUUUGGGAUUACCAUUUUGUGAAGCCAUAGACAUGUGGUCCCUCGGGUGUGUGAUAGCUGAGCUUUUUCUCGGCUGGCCCCUUUACCCUGGGGCUCUGGAGUACGACCAGAUUCGCUACAUCUCACAGACACAAGGUUUGCCAGCAGACCAUCUAUUAAACUCUGGGACAAAGACGACACGGUUCUUCUGCAGAGAGUCGGACUCACCUUAUGCCGCGUGGAGACUAAAGUCAACAGACGAGCACGAGACAGAGACUGGAAUGAAGUCAAAGGAAGCGAGAAAGUACAUCUUCAGCUGUUUGGAUGACAUAGUGCAUGUGAACUUGGUGAUGAAUCUGGAAGGAGGUGACUUGCUGGCGGAGAAGGCCGAUCGACUGGAGUUUGUGGGGCUGCUGAAGAAAAUGCUCUUGAUCGACGCAGAGGAAAGAAUCGCCCCAGGAGAAGCUCUGAACCAUCCAUUUGUGACGAUGCAACACCUGCUUGACUUUCCACACAGCAACCAUGUCAAGUCAUGUUUCCACAUCAUGGAUGCCUGCUCCGCACGUGCCAGCGUGUAUGAGUUCGCUAACAGAAACAAAGGCCCUUUCGUGAGACCAGGGACCACAACCGCUGCUGCCUCAGUCAACCACCCGUUUAGGAAGAUGGCUGUUGUCCACACUCAAGCUUUGGCCCCAUCUGCUCCAUCUGUGAUCCACCCUGGAAUUCCACUGCAGGCUGGAAGCGGUCAGUUUGCAGGCAAUGAAUCAUUUCAGCAGGCGCUCAUCUUAUGUCCCCCAACAAUCCCAGGAAUACCUCCAAACACAGCAAAACCUGCUGGAUAUUCAGUUCGAAUGGAGGCCUCCGUGCCACUUGCCACUCAAGCGCCCCCAAUCCAGCCAAUUCAAAUACGACCUGGAGUUAUUACACAGGCCUGGUCGAACCGAGCCCAGCAGAUCUUGGUGCCCACAUGGCAGCAGGUGCCCCCACCACCAACCACUUUGGCAUCAGAAACGGUGGCUGCCUCACAGAGAUUGGGAGACUGGGGGAAAGUGCGUCCCCAUGGCAACCAUUACAGCUCCUUGAUUGCACACCCUCAACCGUUCUUAACCAACCAAAUGACCAUGCCCACCCACCAGCCCAUCAACAUAGGCAUUGCACAUGUGGUGUGGCCACAGGCUGCGGCCAACAAGAGAGACAAGCCUUGUGUGAACAGGUCAGCCUUCUUCUUCUUGUCUGUCUGUCACUUUUGUUUCUCGGUGACUGUGACCAACUCUCUCUGCAGGGGUAGCAUAUUUUCCCAAAACACCAACAUCCCAAAUGCAACAUGCCAGUCCCCAAAGAUGGCUGAUACAGCAAAGAAUGUGGUCGACGUCCAGGAGGAGGAGGCCAGGUGUCCGGAUGAAGGUCACGCCGCUGUUCAGACACAAGAUUCAGUGCAGGUGGAAGGCGACGAUGAGGAGGAGAACUGCUGUAAGAUUGAGCGAGACUGCGAGGAGAUCUCGACUCAAGAGCAGCGGCAUGCGAUGGUGAUCUCGGACCUAACAAGCCCGUCUGUCAGUGUCAUCAGUAUUAGCAGUGACGAGGAGGAGAGCUCACAGAGACACCCAAUGGGGGAGUGCAAGGGUAGUGCUGAUUGUGAGGCGUGUCAGAGCACAGUGAGCAUGGAGAGAGUAUGUUCCCUCAGCAGUCCUGACAGCACAUUGAGCACCAGCUCUUCGGCCUCUGCCCAGUGCAGCACAUCGCCCUGCAAGCAUCCCAACAGCAUGUCCGAUGACGAGCAAGAGAGCGGCUGCGACACAGUGGACACCUCGCCUGCCUCUGAUGACCAUAGCAACAAUCCCUUCACGGAGCCCCGCUUCAUCACAGACAGCAAUCAGAACUGCGAGCCACGUGUCGCGUGUGUCGCCCCGGAGACGGAGCCCAGCAAGCCACCGGUGCGGACUGUUGCCGUGCCUCCAAUGAGGGUGCAGAACAACAACAACACUUCUGUCGGGGAAGCAACCAUCCGUACAGCUUUGGAGUCGUCAUGCCAGUCCAAAGGGCGAGCCAUUUCUGGGCGACAACAUCAUCACUCGACACCCCUCCCCAACCGGCCGCAAAAGAUGCCCCCUGCAUUCCAGCCCCAGCAGCAGCAGCCUAUAGGCUUCGGGCAGGUCCAACAUUUCACUUCCUGCCACCAAGACUGGAACAGCAACUUCGCCCACCGGAGGCCGCAGGCCUACAUACCCCCCACCAUGCAUGGCCACACCUUCACCCUCUCUCACAACAGCCCAAACCACUCCGCGGGCCCCCACCCACACCUUGGGGGCCACCCCCACUCUCAGCCCACCCUCCUCUCAUACCCCCCCUCCGGCCCCCUGGUCACCGCCGCCCCCAUGGCCCACCUGCUGGCCUCGCCCGGUGCCUCGCGGCCCGUCCUCCCGCCCACCUACAGCAUCUCCCACCCCGCUGGCCUCGUCCAUCAGGUGACGGUGGGCAUCAACCCCCGGCUCUUGCCCUCCCCCACCCUGCACCCCCAAGGGCAAUUCAAGCCCCUCUUCCCCCCGCAUUCUUACAUCGCCUCGCCUGCCUACGCCAGUUUCCCCCUCAGCCCCACCAAAAUAAACCAGUACCCCUUCAUGUGAACUGGGGCGCCCAGAAGCGCGGGGCGAGUUCUGUCCCGAAACCAUGAACAUGGUUUUCAUUUCCAAAACCAUGGCACAACCACAGAUAUAAAGCAAGCUAUUUUUGAAUCACGUACACAUGGGUGUGAUAGGACUUUAAGCUUUAAAAACCGAGGACGUGGGUUUGGGAAAGCAGAAGGAAAACGACGUAUGAGUGCUGAAUGAAUGAGUGGUGAAACUCACACUUAAUGUGUUUUGCACAUUUGAUAUAUAUCUUUGCAUUGGAUCUUCUACGAAUACUCCUCAAAACAGGUAAAUAAUUGGGGUGGUGUUAAUAGUAAGAAUUUGCACCCCGGAUCCCAGCUAUUUUUCUAUAUUGCCUUCUUACAUGUGCAAGACACAUCCAUAUUUGUAAAGCCAUCCCCGUCUUUAGCUCUAGAUUGACAACACGCACAUGUCGUCCACGGUGUAUGUCGUUCUGCGUUUCAAGUAUUUGUACCUUCUCGGUGUCUGUUAGUGUUCGCAAUGUCGAGUCGAUUAACCGAUUUUUCAAAAUAGGGUCGUUCCUCACGCUGCAUGUGGUCUUGCAUGAGCAAAAAUGUAAACGGAAAAGGCGUUGCUCUUCUCGUGUGUCACAAGACUCGCUGCAUUGUAUAACUGUCCCCAACCAUAGUGCCUUACAUAUUUGAGGUUGUUAAUGUUACUACUUAUAUACCAUUAUAUUCAUGGAUAUUAAUGUACUGGACUGCAGCACUUGAAAUUCCAAUCAGUCGAUGCAUCCUAUGUGUGAGUGUAUAUAUACAGUAUACAUCUAUCUAUAUCUAUAGAUAGAUAUAUACUGUAUAUGCACAGGUGUAUAUGUCCAUGCAUAGCCUGCAUGGAUGUGAUGUAUCGCGAAGAAGCGGUGCUUUGGUUUCGUUGGUAGUUUUUCUUUUGGAGUUGGUGUAUACUUUGGCGUGUAGUGAGUUAUUAAUGUUUGGAUUCUUCUUUUGAAGAGCAGCAUGCCGCGCUGUUGCUAACGCUCGCUGUUUCCUCCUCCUGAGUUGUCUCCUCUUCUCCCGAACGAACUAGUGUACAAAGUGCAAGUACUGAGUAUUGCUUCAUAUCUGAUAAUCACGUUCUAUUUAGUGGAACUCUUAUUACUAACAGUAUUUGUACUGUUCGAUGAAACCGCAAUACAAUCGAAAUAGUCGUUGAUUUUUUUGUUGUUCUUUUUUUUUUGCUUGUUUUUUCCCGUCUUUGUGUUUUCUUUGUUUUUUGCGUUGUUUUUCGUUUCGUAGAUGUGUAGAAGUGUGGUGGGCAUGGCUUUGGCUCGGUAAGGAAAAAAAAAUGCAAAUGAAAUCAUGAUAUGGAAUUUUCUAAGCCUGAGUGAACCAUGCAGUAUUCAAUAUACACACAUAUAUGGACAUAUAUUAUAGAGCUAGACUAUUUAGUACAGAUGCUUGAUAAGAUGUGAGUCAAUUGUGUGCAAUUCUCUCAUUUAUGCAUGUGUGACAAGGUUAACUUUUCCCUUUACCUUACACCGUUUGUUAAAGGCUUAAUCUGUGUCAACGGCUUAUUUAUACAUUCCGUCAGGGAGGAUUCAUUUAUAUAUAUAUAUAUAUAUAUAUAUAUAUAUAUAUAAAAUGAUAGAUGGUGGUUCCACCAGUCACACAUACAUUAUAUAUAUAUAUAUAUAUAUAUAUAUAUAUAUAUAUAUAUAUAUAUAUAUAUAUAUAUGUGUGUGUGUGUUUCUAUGCGUAGUUGAUGCUGUACGUGUGUUUCUGUUCUUUCCGUGAGGGGAUACGUGUGUACUUUUGUCUUUUAUUUCAAAUGAAGUUGCGCGAGCAGCACCAAAGACUGUAAUCCGUUUUCUGACUAAGGUAGCUGAUCUGUUUGCAUAAACCUCCGAUAUACGUAGAGCGGGGUUCAGUUAAAACAUAAAAAAAAGUGUUAAAAAAAAAGGCUGAGGUUUUUUUUGUCUAGCUUAUCGGGCAAUUAAUACGUUGUAUCAUUUCUUUCUUGAAUGUAUCGUAGUUAAGCUGCUAAAUUAACUGAUUGCCACUUCAAUAGCUGUGAACAUAGGUGAUUUCUCUGAGUUUGAAACUUUGCUUUUCGUGUGUGUGUGCGUGUGCGUGUGUGUGUGGGUCCCUAAUUAACUGUAAUGGAAGUGGUUUUUAAUUUUCGUGCUCAUAUUUGAAGUGUCAUUGUAACUACUGUAUUGCUGAUGAUGAACAUUAGUUGCAUUUGUUGUUCUCUCGGGGUGUGUGUUCUUUUUUUUUUUUGCAUCAGUAUUUUAUCCUUUGAAACCUUUCGGGCUCAUCACUGCAUAUAAACGAAGUAUCGAUGUAACUUAAUUUUUUUUUUUAUUGUACGUUUUCAUAUUGAGGUUUUGUAUACGUUUGAGAACUGUAGCUUGCAGAUUAGGUUUUCGUGUACACGGUAGAGCACCGGCUCACUGGCGUGUGUUGCGGCGGCACUGUGGGUUGCCUGGAGAAAAACAAAAAAAAAAUGAUAAAAACAAACUAAACGCUUUGUAAUGUUCUCACCAUCCGCACACGGACAGGCUUAUUAUGGUUUCGCGGAUUUGACUCUCCAAAAACCAACCAACCAACCCCCUCCAACCCAUGGUUCCAAAAAGAAUGUUUAUUAUCAGUUUGAUCUUUUUAUCUGUUCAAUGUUCGAUCUGGUCUCGGAAGUUCCAACUGUGGACUGCCUUGUGUUCGAAUCGCUUCCCCCUUUAUCGGACUCUGAAUUGAUAUUUGUGAAUGCAGAACCGGAUCCUGACUGAAAUUGCGACAGUGUGAGCAGCACUGUGUUUGUGCCUUGAGAUUCAGAGAGCGAGAAUUUAAAAGAAAAGAAAAACAACAACAACAAGUGGUGUUUUCCCGACCAUGUUUGUGUUGAGGAGUCCGACAACAGCUGCGGACCACACCAGAUCACUUCAUUACAGGGUCUCUUCACUCAUCCGCUGGUGACAACAGACGAACCAUGGAAGCCUCUUGUGAAACAUGUUUAGUGGUUGACCAGAAGUGACUGGCUGAACAGCAGAUGCAAUACUUAACGUUGUGCGGUCAUUGCACCACCAAGUGUUCUUAGAAAACCCAUGCGUGACGUGUCACCCUGCAUGUCCACCACUAGUCGGCUCACUUCAGUGGCGUUCUGACCCGCCGUCGGCGCGUUCCGCGACACCAAACCACUUCCAUCUCUGUCGAAAAUGAUUGUGGAAAAAGUCACCUUUUCAUCUUAAUUUCACGUGACUGACUCUAAUGUUCGGGAAGGGAAACUCCUGACAACAAGGCAUGCACUUGGCAGAUAAGAGCUUGAUCCCCAAUAAUAAGCAUGUGAAAUGUAAUCUGUGUUUUAAGGCCUCCAAAGGUAUUCACCAGCAAUGCGCCUGCAUCAACUCUCCCGUACUCUUUUAGGACAAAAGAAUGGAUGCAAGAGGAGAGACUUGUUGUUCGAUGUUCCACGUGACUGGCCUGUGCUGGUUUAUCCACACACCUUCAUAUUUUUCUAACAUUUAACAGAUAAAAUUUGAGCUGUUAAUAAACACCUUCUGCUGUUGAGUCCAUCCAUUCAGGGUCCGUUUCGAUGAGUUACUGUUCGGCGCUUAGUUCUGCUCUUAUUUGAUCUUUCACCUUGAUUCGCGUCGCAACUUUUGAAAUCGUUCCGAUCUUGAAAUCUGAACUGUUUUGAUACCUGUAGUCUCUUUUUUGUGGCUUUGUUUCCCUCCUUGUUUUCAUUUCAUUUGCUUUUCUAUUUUGUGCUACACUAGUUUGCCAUGUAGCAAUUGCACUGUGCAAUAUUGACAGAAUGAGGACUGGGAAAACUAACUAUGGAUGUGAUGUCUCUACAGUUUGUGAUAGUGUUUCCUCUCUAGUUCUCAGUGAUUUAGGUGUGACCAAGCCUUCUCUACUUUGUCACAUUAAGCGGGUUUUCCAGGUGACUCUUUUGGUGAGUGUCAAAAUAAGACUUUAUGGUGUAUUAUUGUUAAGAUUCACUUUGAAUUAAAAAACUCUUAUCAAUGCA